GUUCUCCUCAGUGGUGAGGGAACAUGGCGGCAGCUCCCACAUACAAUCACAAAAGCUAUUCAAAGGGAGAACCCAUUGAAAGGAAGACUUGUUUCUCUCAAAAACCUGAAAACCCUACUCACUGAGAGGAACCGGAUUCCUGCCUUAAGUAAUGGACAUCAGAAGGAUGGGAUGGACUAGAUUGUAGAAAACAAACUUCAGAAAUCAAAGAAAAGCAGGGUGCUACUUUCAUCUCAACAGGUCACAGUAUCAAUACAGCAGCCAAACUACAAGGCUUGAUCGUCUUGCUAUGAAAACAUCUGUAUUGGUUCUGAUGAAGAGUCUUGUCACCGGUUUUUGAUCUAGUCUCACUCUUUCCACCUGAGCUGAUAAGUACUUGCCUCUCUUCAGAUCCUUGUGGAGGUAGGCACAGAAGGCAAUGCACUGUCCAAACAUCCAAUAAAGUAAGCCAGUGACCAGAACCAGGCAAAAGCAAGAAACAGAGGGAACAAAGGCUCCUACUAGGCCAUUUGAAGCCCAGACAGUCUCUGUAACCUGUAUCAUGAAUGACACAUCUAGCAGAAGACUGCACCGUUGUCCAGCAGCUCCUUAGAGAAUAGCUGCCUUGCCUUGGAAAUCAAGACUCUUCCCUCGUGUAAUCAUGUACAGCUUUUGAAGUAUUGGUUUUAUCACUAAAUAACUGGACAUUCAGAACCUGAAGAGGCAAUAGUAUAAAACCAACACUAGAAACAGGACCUUUCUUAUAGAAAACUAAGGAAUAUCUCUAGGUGCUGUCUCCAAAAGUGAGCUUGCAAAACAAACUGGAACUUUGAGAUUGUCAAUAAUUCAGGAUACUUGCAUUUUAUUUGUAAAGAAAGUAUGGCUACUCUAAUGGUACAUGGUUUUGUUCAAAUAUGGAGCAAGAAGAAGGGGAUGUCUAGCUCCAGAGAAGCAUACAUUGAAACAGUGGAAGGAAAGAAGAAGAUUAGACUGGUGGUCUAUUUCACCAAUGGAGAAUAUCUAACUUUUCAGCUAAGUAAUAAUAUUAAAAAUGUGGUCCUUAGAUCCUAUGGAAAAAAGCAAAAUCACCUGCACUUAACUUUCCAAAAUAAUAACUUCUUGUUUAUUGAAAGAUUAUCUUCCAAAGAUGCUAAAGAGUUGAAGAUGUUCCUGGAUAAAGUCCAUCAAAAUAAUACUCAGCCAUCCAUGAGACCUGUUAAGGAUGGAGGUAUCUUUGCCAGCAUGACAACACCAAAGGAAAUUAACAAAAACUCCUUCCACAGAGCGUGCAAGAAGCCAGGUAGUGGAUCUUUUGAGACAAGAGAAGGAAGUGGAACACCUGACCUUCAGAAGAUGCCUUUGUUUACAUCAAAGUCAUCAAGACUUAGUUGGAAAGAUUUACCAGAGAGUGGAGAUGGGAAGAAGAAAAAGAUGCUAUCAUCUGGCUCAGAGAUGAGUGGGAAAAUACAGAGUAACUCUGUAAGAAAGAAGAAAUCCCAGACAAACCCCUUGAGGUAUGUAAGUCAUGACGAGAAGAAAAAACUGAGGUUAAAACUUUUAAAAAAGAAUCAGAAAUUAGAAUUUGAGCCCUUACUCAAGUCCAUUUCUCCUGGAGAGCCUUACCUAGAUGGCAAAAGUCUUCUUCAGAUGCUCUCUGAGAAAAUAUAUUUGACAUUUCUGUUGGAACCAAGGUAUAAUGCAGAUGACCCAGAGUGGGACAAACUCAAGAUGACCUUCAACUUCUACCCAGAGAAACUAUGGCAAGGCCUCCCCAAUUUGGGAAACACCUGUUACAUGAAUGCUGUUUUACAGUCUUUAUUUUCCAUUCCAUCAUUUGCUGAUGAUUUAUUCAGCCAGGAUUUCCCGUGGGGUAAAAUUCCCCUUGAUGCUCUUAGGAUGUGCUUGGCACAACUGUUUGUUUUGAAAAAUAUUUAUAACAUAAAAAUCAAGGAGAGGUUACUUGUAAAUAUUAAAAAGGCCAUUUCAACAGUUGCAGAGAUAUUCUCUGGCAAUAUACAAAAUGAUGCUCAUGAGUUUUUAGGUCACUUUUUGGAUCAGAUGAAAGAGAACAUGGGGAAAAUAAACACACUUUGGAAAAUGAAAAUUGAAUCUGAGCAGGACAAUUCAGCUCAACAGGUCUUUGCUGGCAGUGCUACCACCAGAGUACUCAUUUGUCCCAUCAUCACUAAUUUUGAGUUUGAGUUGCUGCGCUCUAUUAUUUGUCAAGCAUGUGGUCAGGUAAUUUUGAAGACGGAAGUGAGUAAUUAUCUAUCCAUCAAUCUACCCCGGGGAAUGAAAGCACUUCCUUUGUCUAUUCAGUCAGCCUUUGAUCUCUUCUUUGGAGCAGAAGAACUUGAGUACAGAUGUGAGAAAUGUCAGCACAGGAGUUCUGUUGCAGUGCACAAAUUCAGUAGGCUCCCCAGGGUUCUUAUUGUUCACCUGAAACGUUAUAUCUUCAACGAGUUUUGGUCGCUAAGGAAGGAUGAUCAGGAAGUUGUUAUUUCCAAGUAUCUAAAGUUAUCAUCUCAUUGUAAUGAAAGUACGAAACCACCUUUUCCCGUGAGCAAGAAUGCGCAUAAUAGGGACUUCCAAAUCCUAAAACUCUUUCAGAAGAUGAGUGCUGGCACCAUCUGUCCAUCAGCAGCUUCAUCAAAGUUGGCCUCGGCAUCCAGUGAUUCCCCAGUUCCGCAUGCUGGACCAGACAAAGGGUCCGAACCACAGAAAUGCCAGAUUUUCUAUGACGGGUCCAGCAGAGUACAACAGAAAAAGGACCUGGGCAAAAGCUCUGAACAGAAUAUAACAGAGUCCAAAUUGCUGAACUUAGGAAAUGGAGCACUCAUUGAAAAAGAGCUAUUUGCUGCUGGCUUAAUGAUGGAUCUGGAAGCAGUGUCCCCUUCUCUGAUCCAUGACAAAGAUGGUAAACCCACCAGUAGUCCAGAAAUACGCCUUGCUGAAGCCUAUCUUCAAGAAGCAUCUGAAAAUCUAAAGCAAAAGAAAUACGACAAAACUGACAUGUUUGUAGAUUUUGAGAGUGUUGCUAAGAUCCUUGAAGACUUUUUUGAAGGUAAAAAACCCAGAAUUUCAAAAAAAACAGAAUUCCAAAAAGCAGCUGAACGGAGACAGCAGCAUGAAGCAAUGAGGAUCUACGAACAAGCCCUUCAGCAGGCACUGCUUCAGAUCCUUUUGAAGCCAGAUGCUCAGUGGUACAUGCAGAACCUCAGGAGACCCACAAACCUAGGUCCCCAGCAGGCCAGAGUAAAUUCCCAAGGUGCAUCGUGUUCCACUAAAAACCCUGGAAACAAGAAAGUUUUAGAUACGGAGAAGACAGAAAUUAAAGCCAAGAAAUCAAAAAGAAAUGCGAAGGUGAAUGAUCGCUAUGCCUAUCGGCUCAUUGGUGUUGUCAGCCAUCUGGGGAAGACCCCAAAUUCAGGCCAUUAUAUCAGUGAUGCCUAUGACUUUGAGAGGCAAGUGUGGUUCACAUACAAUGAUCUCCAGGUAUCAAGUAUCCAAGAAGCUCUGAUGCAGGAGGCCAGACUUUGCACCGGGUACAUCUUCUUUUACAUGCACAAUGAGAUAUUCGAAGAGCUGUUGAAAAGGGAAGAGAACUCCCAGUCUCCGAGCACAGAAACAGGGGAGAUCCCUCAGGAGAAAUAAGUGGGAUGGACUCCUGGUUUUACACAUCUGCUUGAUUGCCUCAUUGGCUACCACUUCCUCCAUGGAAGAAAAACUCUGAACUCUAGCCAAAGAUGAAGAGGUAGUUGGCAUUCAGGACGAGAGUUCAAGCAGAAACACUUGGAAAAAUCUCCAUUCCUAACCCUAAUACAGACACUUCAAUACCACAGUUCCACCUGAUAAACGUUCUUUUCUAGUAGACUACAAUUGUGCUCUCCAUAUUCUAGUGCAGUGGAUUUUAUUUUAUUUUUAUUUUACUUUAUUUUUAGUGUAGUGGAUUUUAUUUUAUUUUAUUUUAUUAUUUUAUUUUAUUUAUUUAUUUAUUUAUUUAUUUAUUUAUUUAUUUAUUUAUUUAUUUUUUUAGUGUAGUGGAUUUUAAAUGCAGCCCUUGAACCAGCAGCAUUAGGAGCAUGGAGAAACCUCUUUAGAAAUGCAGAUUCUUGAUUCUUAGGUCCCAACACAUACCUAGUAAUACAGAAACUCUGGUGGGGACAGGUUGGAACAGCAAUUUGAUAGAGAUUGUCUAAUGCUUGAGAAAUUUGGAGAGCUACUGUAGUGUGUCAGAAUAUCUUGGUGGAUUUUGCUGUUGUAUAUUGGAAUGAUUUAUAUUUCUAAAGGGGUUUCAUUAUGCUUUUUGUUUCUUAUAUUCACGAAUGCCUUUCCUUCAGAAACUUAUAAAAACAUAACACACACACACAGAAAUCACUUUUCUGAUCAUACCCAGUGAUUUGAUGAAAAAAGUUAGUUUCUGAAGUCCUGACCAAAAAACCCACAAAAACAAGAACACCAAUUGCCUAGGUUCUAGCAAUCAAAAAACAAAAAACAAAACAAAACAAAAAAACAGUUGCUGUGGUCCUAUCAAUAAAUAGUAAAUUAAGCGGGUAACUCAAUGAAUCCUUUGCAAAUACGCAAAUGAGACUAUAACACUGGGUCAAGUCUCCAAAUUGUUUCUUAAACUCUUCCUUUUCCUCAAUGUCAAAGGGACAUGAAAGUAUAUAACCUUCAAGCUCAAACCGUAAGGAUGGAGAACUUAUUUGCCCUUAAGAAACUGACCCAUUUUUUCCUGUUUCCUAGCAAGCUGUUCUUGGUCAUUCUGGUCUUCUCAGAGAGACACUUGCUUUGCCUCAAAGGUCUCAUUCAGACUUUAUCUGAAUCCUUGAACAAUCCUCUGCAUUCAACAUUGUAAGACUAAUUCUGGAUUUCUUUUAUUUCUCCAUAUCUUUUAGCAAAGUUGGCUUUAUUCCUUUAAGGAAUAAAUAGCGUACACUUUAAAGUGGCCUUGUAGGAUUUGUAAGUCUUACUCAUUACUGAUUUUGUACAAUGUCCUAAAACUUGCACCUAUUGAUACUAUGUUAUAAAACUUGUGCCUGUUUAAUACAGUGUCAUAAAAUUUGUGCCUGGAGAUGAUCUGCUUCAGGGAUUAAAGCCUCAUGGAUCCCGAGGUGGUCAUAUUCUGUCGGAACUCCAUGCGAUUUAGGGAUUUGGAGUUCUGAUAGUAUGUAGGUGCCAUCUCUGUCACCUAGCGUUUUCUCGCCUCUGAGGCAGUGAACCUGUAACACCUUGUACCUUUGUUAGGAAUAUAUUACUUAUAGAUUACUCAUGCUAAAAGGCUCUCUCACAGGACACAGAGGGACUGAAUUUUUGGUUCUACCUUUACUAGCACAGGUGUGUCCCCCCUUGUGUAUGGAGUAUGCUUUUGUUAUGGUUGUAUUCAUCCAACAGCUUGUUGAUGCUUUUAAUUCCAGAGAUCCCUAAAGAGGUAAGCUGGAACACAGUAGUGUAAGAAGAUUAGAAAAUGCCCUCAAAAGGGAAAACCAGAUUGGAAAGUUAAGGAAUUCUAUUGUUCACAACACGGUGUAUCAAGAAGGAGGUCUGAAUGAGACCUGGAGAUUACUGAGGCAGAUGCGAGAAGGGGCGCUUUCUAGAUGGAAUUAAUCAGUCUCAUGAAAGAAAGUGCCACAGAUGCAAUGAUGAGAAAUGUGUUCAACUUGCAUAGUACUUCAGCAGUUGCAGUGGUUGAAGGAUAAGGCUGGAGUUACACUUGGAGGAGAGGAAUUACAGUUUGGUUUCGCAAUUUUGGGAUUCUCUUCUCUAGAAGAGUUCAGUUGGAGCUCAGUCACAUAGGCAUGAAAGCAAGAGUUUUAGUAAAGAGUGAGCGAAACUGAUUUUGCUUGGAAAGGAAAAUGAAGAUGACAGUAGUUUUGAGAUUUAGAAAUGUGUGGUGUGGAGUGUAGAGUAUUAGACAUCCUGAAUAUGCUACUUGUUAGCACGUAGCACUUCCAGAAUGCAGGCUAAGUCAAAAGGUGAAGAAGAGGGUCGGGAUAUCUGUGACAGGGAAGAUCUGUCCUCCUGGACAGAUGGCAUGGCUGGAAUCCAUAAUUGUCCUGUGAGAAGAAAGUCCAAGUGCUGUAUACACUAUUUGCCUGCUAUACUGUUGUUUCAAUAAAAAAAUAGAAUAAUUCUUAA